AUGAGCAGCUACUGGUUCAAGAACUUUUGCGGGCUGCCCGUGACUGACUUUGAGCUGUUGAAGGUCCCUCAUCCCGGCGCCGAGUUCUCCAUUCAUGUGACUUUGCGCAGUAUUCAGACCGGUGCCCUGCUCGGCUCGAUCCUGGGCCCACUCUCCACGGCGCUCUUCGCCAACACGGAUCGCCGAUUCGACCUGCGGACCGUGAAGUCGCAAUUCGUUUCCGGUGGAAUGCAAGGCGCGCUGAUCGGGGCCGUGCUGGGCCCGUGCAUCACGUGGUACUCAAUUCGAAACAUGAGUACCGUGGCGCUGUAUGAUAAAUGCUACAAGUUGAGAUUCGACAACCAACAGCUCUGGCUCGACCGGACAACCGUGAUUUCGGGCGCUGUCGGAGCGCUGUCGAACGGAAGUCUCGGCUUCAUCGUCGGCCUCGACCUCGCCCUCGUCAUGAGCAACCUGAUGGGCCGUGCCUGG